AGGCACGGGCCGAGCGGUUCCGAUAGGGCUGGUCGGCAAGAAAGGCCUGCUAGCCCGCGCCUCCCUGGGAUCUUCGCCGCCCGAGCUGGACAUCAUGCCACAGGAAGAGUGAGCUCUUGCCCAUUUUACCAUGGAGGACUCAGGAAAGACUUUUGGAUCAGAGGAGGAAGAAACAAACUAUUGGAGAGACCUGGCCAUGACCUACAAGCAGAGGGCAGAGAAUACUCAGGAGGAACUCCGAGAAUUCCAGGAAGGAAGCCGGGAAUACGAAGCUGAAUUGGAAACUCAGCUGCAGCAAGCUGAAACCAGAAACCGGGACCUAUUAUCAGAGAAUAACCGCCUUCGAAUGGAGCUGGAGUCUGUGAAGGAGAAGUUUGAAAUGCAGCAUUCAGAGGGUUACCGGCAGAUCUCGGCCUUGGAGGAUGACCUGGCUCAUACAAAAGCCAUUAAAGACCAACUGCAGAAAUACAUCAGGGAACUGGAACAAGCCAAUGAUGACCUGGAAAGAGCCAAACGAGCCACAAUCAUGUCCCUGGAAGACUUUGAGCAGCGUUUGAAUCAAGCCAUUGAAAGAAAUGCCUUCCUAGAGAGUGAGCUGGAUGAGAAGGAAAAUCUUCUAGAAUCUGUGCAGAGACUGAAGGAUGAAGCUCGAGAUCUUCGGCAGGAAUUGGCUGUGCAGCAGAAGCAAGACAAGCCCCGGACACCCAUGCCCAGCUCAGGGGAAACCAAAAGGACAGACAUGGCUGUACAGGCCACAGGCUCUGCACCAUCUACUCCAAUAACUCACCAAGGAUCCAGCUCUGGUUUGAACACACCAGAAACGUUCAGAUGUGGUCUGGACAGUCCUAGUAGUGGAACCCCACUCACACCUGCAGCCCGGAUAUCAGCCUUAAACAUCGUUGGGGACCUGCUUCGGAAAGUUGGGGCCCUGGAGUCCAAACUAGCAUCAUGCAAGAACUUCAUGUAUGAUCAGUCCCCAAGCCGGAAAAGCGGGCCAGCCUUGGGCCGAGGAACCAAAAACAGAGACGGUAUUGACAGAAGGCCAGGCAGCACUGCUGUGGGCGAUAAAGGGUCAGGAAAACGCUUGGAGUUUGCGAAGCCGUCCUCACAGCUCUCAUCACCAGCGCUGCCAUCCACCCAGGGUGUGGUCAAGCUUUUGCUUUAGGACCAGUGGGAACUGCGCCCUCACCUAUCUUCCCUACUUUAUAGUCAGCUUUUAGUUAUUUUUUUUCAAGGUAAUUUGAGAAAUUAGAGACCACAUCACCAGCAUUUACUUUGUGCUAUGCAGCCUAAGCUAAGGCUGUGUGUGGCCCAGUCCCUAGCAGUGGAUGUCAUUAAAAUGAGCUCCCCAACCCCAACCAGGCAGCUCUAAGGUAUGAUUUCAUUGACUACCUAGAGUUUUAAUGGCCUCCAGAGGUGCUUUGAAUAUGCAUAAUCUUCAGAGCAGGACUAAAGCCCAGCUCAGGAGCUCUCUGCAGCCUACUUCCAGCUGAAGCUAUCUUCUGGAACAUUUCCCUGGUGCUUUUAAAGCAUGAUUACAUUUUAUCUAGGACUGGGAGAUUAUAGAGGCAAAGGCUAUAUUUAAACUACCUGCUAAAAGUACUACUCAUGUACCUUUGACACUUCAACACUGUUGGCCUCAUAGGUCAGUGGGAGGUUAUCCUCUACAGAUAAACCUUGACUCGUGUCUUUCCUGAGUCCCCUGCCCUAAUGUUGGGAGUGGCAUGUGCAUCAGGACCCUGGACAGCUUGCGUUGGACUGGCCUUUGUUACACCAUCCCUAAGAACAGAACUUCAUCUAGCCAGCAGGGCUUCUUCCAGACACCACAGAGCAACCAGGGUGACUGAAGCACGAAAUGGAGAUUACCACCAGCUGCUCCAUCGGAUGUGGAAAAAUCAGCACAGGCUCUACAAUGCCAGCUCGCCUCAUCUCUGGUGUGUGAUGCUCGCUGCCUCACACUUCGAUCCACAAUGAGAAAAGCACACUUAUACUAGAGCUUGACACCCUCCACUUGGCUACUAACUUAUUUCCUAGUUGAUGAGCAAAACUGGCCUAGCAUCAGACCUAGAACUUUGUGUGUGCUACUGACAUUCACAGGGUGAUUUUAAGCUGCUUGGUUAUUUGUUCUCCUUAGACAUAAUAACUGGGGAAAGAUGGACUUUAUUUUUUAUAAAAAAUAAAACCAAAAGAAAUGCCUGCUCAAUAGAUGUGUGUGUCAGUCCUUCCAUGUCUGUGCACGUGGCCAUGAAGUUUGUUUUUGUUCAACCAAGUAAUAAAAUAAUAGAACAAAAAAAAGUG